CCAAAGCUCAAAGCUCGAAGAGAGAGAACCCGAGCAGUGCCCGUGGUGGCAAAGAAGAUAAAAUGGUGCCCCAGGAGGGUCUUUCCUUGACUCUGUUCUUCAUUGUUGCGGUCGUAGAGAGUGGCUUGACACAGCAGGCAGAAACUGAUGGUUGUGCAGAGCUAAAAGGCUUCUCCCAAUGUGGUCCGGGUAAGUUUUUUUUCCAGGGCCAACCAGGGAUUCCAGGAAUACCCGGCAUGCCAGGAAAUAUUGGACUGCCUGGGGAGAAGGGAGACAUUGGCCCUCGGGGGCCUCCUGGCUCUGCUGGGGUGACUGGGAAAGCUGGACCCAAAGGGGAUCAAGGGAUCAAAGGAGAAGCCUGUACUGUGGACAGCUUGGUUGAGUGCCCACAUCAAGGAGCCCAUGACUGCAAAGAACUUUUAGACCGGGGAGAGACGCUUAGUGGGUGGUACACCAUCUUCCCCAUAACGGGGAAAAGACUCAGCGUGUUUUGCGACAUGGAGACGGACGGAGGAGGUUGGCUGGUGUUCCAGCGGCGACAAGAUGGAUCCGUGGAUUUCUAUCGUGACUGGGAGUCCUACAAGAGAGGCUUUGGGAACCGGGCGUCAGAAUUCUGGCUGGGCAAUGACAACAUCCAUCUGCUCACCAGCUCUGGGGCAUACCAUCUGCAAAUUGAUGCUGAGGACUUCAGUAAUGGCAAAACUUUUGCCCUGUACACUGGCUUCCAAAUCUUGAGUGAGAAAGAAAACUACACACUUGUCUUGGACUCUUACUCCCAAGGAGACAUGGGUGAUUCUCUCUCACUACACAAUAGAAUGGCGUUUUCGACAAAGGACAAAGAUAAUGAUAUCCAUGCAUCUAGUUGUGCUGUGAUGUACAAGGGGGGCUGGUGGUACGAGAAAUGUCAUAACUCUAAUCUCAAUGGGCUUUACUUGAAAGGUGAACACACCUCUUAUGCCAAUGGUAUCAACUGGGCAGCUGGGAAAGGGUAUUAUUACUCUUACAAGUAUGUUGACAUGAAAAUCAGACCACAGUAGGUACCGAUGGGGCCAAAUAUCUUAUGGCUAAGAGCAUUACCAUUAACUGUGGCCCCAACACUACAUUGGCUGUUCUUGCAAUCUUUCCUAAUAGUUUGUUUUUCAAAAUGUCAAAAGAAGUCUCUCUAACAAUGCAUCAUUGUUCAUUACAUUCUAUAAUGCUAUAGUAAUCUGAAUAAAAUAUAUCCAGUAGGGUCUGAA